AUGACAACAUAUAUGAUAGAAAAUAAGUAUAUCGACACGUCUGUACAGAAAGGUGGAAUCCCAGGACUCUCUGGCUGCGCGGAGCACACUAGUGCGCUCACACAACUGCUACACGAGGCAAGAAUCAACCAAAAAGACCUUACAGUAGUAUGGCUUGACCUUGCAAAUACUUAUGGCUCCAUACCCCACCAACUUAUUCUUGAGGCACUACAGCACUACCAUGUUCCAGAACAAGCAAGAAAUUUGGUCACAAGCUACUUCAGUAACAUCCAUUUGAGGUUCUCAUGCAGUAGAUUUACCACAGAUUGGGUUCCACUGGAGAAAGGCAUUGUCACAGGAUGCACCAUCUCUGUCAUAUUGUUUGUUAUGGGUAUGAACAUGAUCAUCCGAGCAGCAGAGAGGGAAUCAAGAGGUCCACAGACGAAUGCCGGCAUUCGUCUCCCAUCCAAUAGGGGAUUCAUGGAUGACAUGACUAUCACCACAGAAACCCACAUCCACGCGAGAUGGAUUCUGCACGCACUUGAUGAAACAGUGUCAUGGGCAAGGAUGUUAUUUAAGCCAAGAAAGUCAAGGUGUUUGGUAGUGAGGAAGGGGAAGGUAACAGACAGAUUCAAACUAACUAUACAGAAAGAAGAGAUUCCUUCAUUAGUCAACAACCCAGUAAAGUGUUUGGGAAAGUGGUUUGAUUCUACACUCAAGGACACCAAAAGCCAAGGACGACUAAAACAGCAAGUUGAAGAAGGGCUAAAGAGAAUAGACAAGUCAGAACUCCCUGGAAAGUACAAAGCAUGGAUCUUCCAGCACGGUCUUUUAGCUAGACUUAUCUGGCCAUUGAUGAUCAGUGGAGCAGGAAUUGAAGUAAGAACUGGGAGGAAAUGGUCAGUUAAGCAGGCAGUAGACCAAGCUGAAAGUAGUUUAAAGCUCCAGGAUAUUGUAGGAACGACAAACAAGGGCAGAGAAGGACUAGGUAUCAGGUUCAAACAGAGAUGGAGAGAUUCUGAUAAAGUGGAGAGAAGAUCAAUGGUGCAGACAGAACUAAGGAGAGCAGAAGAUGAAACACGGUCAUCAAGAUCAGUCCAACUUGGUUCUCAGGGAAGCUGGAUGAAGUGGAACUUGCCAGAGAGGCAGUUAACCUGGCAGGAGCUGUGGAGUUAUGAGCCACUUCAAUUGAGUUUUCUCCUUAGAUCUGUUUACGACCUACUACCCUCCCCAACAAAUCUUAAACUGUGGAAGUUGUCAGAAGAUCCCAGCUGUCUACUUUGCGGGAAUGUAUGA